UUCAAUUGUCCAGAAACUCGAAGAAAGCUCGAGUGGUGAGUCUUCAGUCACACCUUGUGUUGGGAUUAUCAUGAACUCAGAUUCAGAUCUUGCUAUUAUGAAUGACGCUGCAAAGAUCUUGAGCAUGUGUGGAGCAUGUGUGGUUUUUCAGAUUAGAACAAUUUCAGCACAUCGAACUCCUAGAAUGAUGCUUGAUUAUGCCUUAUCUGCUCCGGAGUGAGGCAUUCGGACCAUCAUUGCUGGUGAUAGUAGUGCAGCCCACUUGCCAGGCAGGUUUAUACAUUCUGCUCUAUGUAUAGUAGUGAUUGGUGUCCCUUUGCGUGCUUCAGCAUUGGAUGGACUCGAUUCACUCUUAUCACUUUGCUGUUUGAUUAUUCAAAUGCCUAGAGGUGUUCCAGUUGCAACAGUCGCAAUAGAUAAUGCAAGAAGUUCAGGCUUAUUGGCAGCAAAAAUGUUGGGAGUAAAUGGCAAUGUUGAUCUACUUGCAAGGUUGGAUCCUCUCUCUUUGUGGUUGUAA